CCAACCACUACAGCACCUGUUACAAAAGUUUCUCUGAACUAUUAGCCAAGAAACAAGGAGAAUCAGCCAUGGUCAGUGCCAAGAGGCUUGCCCAACUAGCAAACAAGUGGCAGAGAAUGGCGGCCAUGGGGAGGAAGAGGAUCACCCAGAAUGCAAUGGCAAAAAGAGCAGCCGAGGAGUGCCGGCCGAUGACCCCAGUAGCAGUGAAGGGACACUGCACGGUAUACACCGCUGAUGGGAGCCGGUUCGAGGUGCCACUGGCAUUCCUCAGCACGACAGUCUUCAGCGAGCUCCUGAGGAUGUCUCAGGAGGAGUUUGGAUUCUCAGGCAGCAACGAUGGCCGGAUCACGCUGCCCUGUGACGCUGUGGUCAUGGAGUACGCCAUGCGCUUGCUCCGGAGAGAUGCCUCCGCCGAAGUAGUGAUGGCGUUCCUGAGCUCCAUCGCGAGGCCGUGCUGUUUUGACGGCAGUGUGGCGGCGCCAUGCAUAGGGCUUAGCCAGUAUGUAGCUGUUUGUUAGCUUCUGAAG